AUGACUUGGUCACGUGAUAAGACUCUUCAGGGGUGUUGGGGUUUCUCAACAAAGCGUCAUAGUUUGGGCUUCGGAUUCUCAAUUUUCCAAGCAGAACAAUGAGGAGUUUUUAUCUGUUUCUUUUUUCGUCUUUAGUCCUGUCGAGCUGCACGAUUGUUAGAAUUCCCUUAAAGAAAUUCCGCUCCAUCAGACGCGAAUUGACUGACUCGGGGAGAAAUGCAGAGGCGCUUGUGGCCAACAAGCUUUCCCUCAAGUACAACUUUGGCUUUCCUUCUAGUAAUGGACCAACUCCUGAGACCCUUAAGAACUAUUUGGAUGCCCAGUAUUACGGCGAGAUUGGCCUGGGCACCCCCCCUCAGCCCUUCACUGUAGUCUUUGACACUGGGUCUUCCAACCUGUGGGUUCCCUCCAUCCACUGCUCCCUCCUUGACAUUGCUUGCUUGCUUCACCACAAAUACAACUCUGCCAAGUCCAGCACAUAUGUAAAGAAUGGCACUUCUUUUGCGAUCCAGUACGGAAGCGGCAGUUUGUCGGGCUACCUGAGUCAGGACACGUGCACCAUUGGAAACAUUGCUGUGGAGAACCAGCUCUUUGGGGAAGCUAUAAAGCAGCCCGGGGUGGCUUUUAUUGCUGCCAAGUUUGAUGGGAUUCUGGGAAUGGCCUAUCCACGCAUCUCUGUGGAUGCUGUGGCACCAGUCUUUGACAACAUCAUGACCCAGAAGAAGGUUGAGCAGAACAUGUUCUCCUUCUACCUGAACAGAAAUCCUGACACUGAGCCAGGUGGCGAGUUGCUGCUGGGAGGAACGGACCCCAAAUACUACACUGGUGAAUUCAGCUAUGUCAACAUCACCCGUCAAGCCUACUGGCAGAUCCACAUGGACUCGUUGCAAGUGGGCGGAGAGCUGAGUUUGUGCAAAGGCGGUUGUGAAGCCAUCGUGGACACCGGCACAUCUCUGAUCACUGGCCCGGCUGCUGAGGUCUUGGCUCUGCAGAAAGCCAUCGGAGCCACUCCACUCAUCCAGGGAGAGUACAUGGUGAACUGCGAUAAGAUCCCUUCACUGCCAGUUAUUACUUUCAACGUGGGUGGCCAGUCCUAUAAGAUGACUGGAGACCAAUAUGUCCUAAAGGAGAGCCAAGCUGGAAAGACCAUUUGUCUUAGUGGCUUCAUGGGUCUGAACAUCCCACCCCCAGCAGGCCCCUUGUGGAUUCUUGGAGACGUCUUCAUCGGCCAGUACUACACUGUGUUUGACCGAGAGAACAACAGGGUUGGCUUUGCAAAGUCCAAAUAAGGAUUUAAGAGCUUAAUACACAUGGCGGUACAGUCCUUAAGAGUUGACAUUUUUAAAAACACAUGUGCUUCACAGCUUUUAUUGCUUUGCAAUCAAACCCCAUUUCGCUAAAGGCAAUGUGUAGCGUUAUCUCACACUUUACUGAAAAUGUUGACUUCUUACUGGUUUUAGAAGUGAUGUGUGUGCUGAUUUAAGAAAGAUGAUCUGGCUUUCAUUUUCAUCAGGGACUUGUUUUAAACUGUCACCUGAAUUAAAUGCAGUUUUAAGGUACGGACUUUGAUUUUGUGAUUGUCCUUAUUUCCAAAAUAAACAAUUAAAAUCA